CCUAACCACUAAGCCACUGACCCUUAUCUUUAGCCUAACAGAGGUAGCCUCCUUCAUUUAUCUAGUUAGGAAGCACGGUUUCAACUAUAUGCACGCCGGCCGGAUGGCCGGCCAGCCAGCCAGAGUCGGAAAGGCAAGAUAAGAUACAGCUUCAUCAACCUGAAACCAUUUUGAAAAUCCUCUACACUGCACUCAAUUAGGUAAAAUUCAGUACAUGGUGCUUUCAUUUUCCCGAUCAUACUUGUGAUCAGCUGAUAAGGUCUUAAGGUUUGCUUCGUUCGGGGGACAUUUGCUAGACGAAAUAGAUUGAGAGUAUCUUACGUGGCAUGAGCGAAUCACAGGGUGCUCCUUAUGGCUGGUAAACGGAGAAGAUCACACAAAUCUUCUAAGGUUACAGAUUCAGAGUUUGAUAGCAAACGGUAUAUUAGCAAUACUCUAUCUCAAAGCAGUUCUAGCUACUCAGUCCCGCUUACUUCUGAGCUGUCUGAGGUCAGUGCUCCAGCUGCACCAAAAGCGAUUGGAACUCAAGGUUCACAUCUUCCUACGUCCAUUUCAUCCGAAAUACCUCGAGUCAAGUGGAAUUCAGCGCGAAGUAGACCCAUUGUAGGGAGACCAAGGAGGGGAUCCGACGCUGCUAUUCACUGUUCAACUUCACACAGUUCUCCAAUCCACGAAGAAAUUGCAUUUGGUAGACAGAUACAGAGCUUGGGAAAUACUUCUAAAAUUGGAUUCAAAACAAGUGAUCAAAUCCGGCGAAGAGCCAGUAAGAGAAGCUCUCAUUGCCAAGAAGACAAACUCCCUGCUGUCUCUCAAGAUAAAUCAAGAGCCACUAAACGCCAGCGCCUCUCUAACUCAAGAGCUCGGGAAAGAGGAGCUUACCACAGUCAUUCAUCAUAUUCAAAAUCGUCUGAUCGAAAACGGCAUUCAUUCACUUCACAAACAACUGCUUAUAUUGCACAAAAUUCACCACAUAUUCCUACUACUACUACUACUACUACUACUACUACUACUACUACUACUACUACUACUACUACUACUACUACUACUACUACUACUACUACUACUACUACUACUACUACUACUACUACUACUACUACUACUACUACUACUACUACUACUACUACUACUACUACUACUACUACUACUACUACUACUACUACUACUACUACUACUACUACUACUACUACUACUACUACUACUACUACUACUACUACUACUACUACUACUACUACUACUACUACUACUACUACUACUACUACUACUACUACUACUACUACUACUACUACUACUACUACUACUACUACUACUACUACUACUACUACUACUACUACUACUACUACUACUACUACUACUACUACUACUACUACUACUACUACUACUACUACUACUACUACUACUACUACUACUACUACUACUACUACUACUACUACUACUACUACUACUACUACUACUACUACUACUACUACUACUACUACUACUACUACUACUACUACUACUACUACUACUACUACUACUACUACUACUACUACUACUACUACUACUACUACUACUACUACUACUACUACUACUACUACUACUACUACUACUACUACUACUACUACUACUACUACUACUACUACUACUACUACUACUACUACUACUACUACUACUACUACUACUACUACUACUACUACUACUACUACUACUACUACUACUACUACUACUACUACUACUACUACUACUACUACUACUACUACUACUACUACUACUACUACUACUACUACUACUACUACUACUACUACUACUACUACUACUACUACUACUACUACUACUACUACUACUACUACUACUACUACUACUACUACUACUACUACUGCUGCUGUAUAG